AUGGUCAAGCUCAAGGAAGUAGAGGACGAGCAUUUCGCCGAAAAGCCCGCUACGACAAAGGACGACGCGCUGCUGGAAAGCGACAAUGAUGACGACUAUACAGACACAGACUCCGAGAUUUCAGUAGCCUCGGACCUCGAUGUGCCAACCUCAGAAUCGCUCCUCGACCGAGUCGCCGCGCUCGUCGACAUCAUCCCACCUUCCGCGCGCGGCAAGAUCUCCUCCACAUCCUCUUCCAUCGCAUCUUUCACCGGCUCCGCCUUAAGUUUCACUGGCAAGAGCCUCUGGGUGGUAUCAACCAGCGUUCUGUUGUUGGGAAUCCCAUAUGCUCUAGCUUUUGGUCAGGAGCAGGAGAUCAUGGAGCGGGAACGGGAAGAGGGAUUGAUGCGGGAGGGUGCCAGUUCGAUGCUUCAAGCUGGCCAAGCGGGCGCGCCGGGAGUGACAGCACCGCAGGGUGGACAGGGAGGGAAACCUUCGCUGUAG